AAGCCGAAUGAAACCCGGGCACCCAAUCAGAAGGCGCAUAAACAGUCCCGGCCCGUAAGGAUUGGCUACUCGGCCCAAGCAUUCGGCGAGAAUAAGCGAACAUUACCCAAUAGGCGGCAGUGCUUGGGUGAGACCCUAGCCAAUAACUCCGCUCCGUAGGCGGGAUCGCUUUCCCUCCUCUCCUCAUCCGAGCCCUGUCAGCUUCGAGGUCUGGCUGCCUGGCCUGACAGUGAUUGGCAUGGGCUUUUACCAAUGAGAACGUGGACGCUGGGGACACGAACCAGUCGAAGACGCCGGAAGGCGGGCUGCUUUGAAAGGCGGUGGCUCCGCUUGGCUAGCUGGCGUGUCAAUCGAAGCUGGAGGCGGGGCGAGGAGGCCAGCGGAGGUCAGAGGCGGAGCGCGCCCGGAGGCCGGCCCGGCUUGUUGUCAUCCCAAGAUGGAGUUUCUGUUGGGGAACCCCUUCAGCACCCCGGUGGGGCAGAGCCUUGCAGUGGAAGAGCAACUGUCCCUAUUCAGCCCAGCAUAAGUUUUGGAUCACCACCAAGAAGGCAGUGGUAAUUGUAACCAGACCUCCCUCAAUGAUCUUAAUAGGCAGUGGUGUUCCUGAAGAAGGUGCCGAGGAACAAGAGUGAAAAGGCCACGGAUGGCUCCCUACAGAGUGAAGACUGGACUCUUAACAUGGAAAUAUGUGACAUCAUCAAUGAGACAGAAGAAGGCCCAAAGGAUGCCAUCCGAGCACUCAAGAAGAGGUUGAAUGGAAACAAAAACUACAGAGAAGUUAUGUUGGCUCUAACGGUCCUGGAAACUUGCGUGAAGAACUGUGGCCAUCGCUUUCACAUCCUGGUAGCAAACCGUGACUUUAUCGAUGGAGUCCUGGUGAAAAUAAUCUCUCCCAAGAACAAUCCUCCAACCAUUGUCCAAGAUAAAGUCCUUGCACUAAUUCAGGCCUGGGCUGAUGCAUUUCGAAGCAGCCCUGAUCUAACUGGGGUGGUACACAUUUAUGAAGAGCUCAAAAGGAAAGGGGUUGAAUUUCCCAUGGCUGACCUUGAUGCUCUGUCUCCAAUCCACACACCACAGAGAAGCGUUCCUGAAGUUGACCCAGCCGCCAACAUGCACAAGUCCCAGUCUCAGCAAAGGAUGAGCUCCAGUUCAUACUCCUCACCUUCUCCAACAGCAUACCCCGCCCCUCAGGCCCCAGCUCUGAACGUGACCGGCCCCAUCACGGCAAAUACAGAACAGAUUGCACGACUGCGCAGCGAGCUAGAUGUGGUGCGCGGAAACACAAAAGUGAUGUCCGAGAUGCUCACAGAAAUGGUUCCCGGGCAGGAAGAUUCAUCGGACCUUGAGUUAUUACAGGAGCUGAACCGCACCUGCCGAGCCAUGCAGCAGAGGAUCGUGGAGCUGAUCUCCAGGGUGUCCAACGAAGAAGUCACAGAAGAGCUUCUCCAUGUGAACGACGACUUGAAUAACGUUUUCCUCCGAUACGAGAGGUUUGAACGAUAUAGGUUGGGCCGAUCUGCGCAGAACGCCAGCAACGGGGUUCUCAGUGAGGUGACGGAAGACAACUUAAUAGACCUGGGCCCUGGCUCCCCGGCUGUGGUCAGCCCCAUGGUUGGAAACACCGCUCCGGCCGCUAUGCUGUCCACCCAGCUUGCUGGGCUUGAUUUAGGCACUAACAAUGUGAGCGGAACCCUUAGCUCCCUCCAGCAGCACUCCAACCCCCGCGAUGACUUCGACAUGUUCGCACAGACAAGAGGCAGUUCACUGGCAGAUCAGCGCAAGACUGUGACGUAUGAGGACCCACAAGCUGCCAGAAGCCUGGCAACUGCACUGGAUGUUCGGAAACAGAACACAGGAGGGAGGAGAGGGAAAGGUGGGAGCUCCGACUUGGAGCCCAUAGACAAGUGGCUCAUGACUCAAGGAAUGAUUCCUGUUGCGCAGUCCUCUGUCAUGGAUGACAUUGAGGAGUGGCUCAGUACCGACGUGAAAGGAGAUGAACUAGAUGAAGGAGUGACUAGUGAAGAGUUUGACAAAUUUCUCGAGGAACGCGCCAAAGCUGCCGAAAGGAUCCCCAACCUGCCCUCGCCACCCCAGGAAGAGCCCACGCCACCGACGAUGAACCCCCCCAGCAAAAAGAAGCCAGAGCGCUCUGAAGAUGCCCUCUUUGCGCUGUGACUCUCCUUUCCUCACGCUCUGCGGAAGAACACAGCCGUGCGCGGUCAAGCUCUCCUCGUGGUCCCCAGCUAGCGUUGAGCUCCCUUGCCCAUUUGGUUUUCGUUCGGCAGCCUCUCGUAUCUCUCGAACGACUCAGCCCAAAUAAGCUAACUUUUAAAGAGUAUUUAAUCCCGGCCUCAUCCCCUCCAUGGCUUUUCUUCCACAUCCGCUUCCCUCCCGUCUGUCCCACCCACCCCAGGUCAUAGUGAUGCGAUUCCUUUUCCCAAAAUGCACGAGUGCCUCCUGCCCCUAGCAGAGACCCAAGUGAGUCACGCAGAGAACAGCCUUGGCUCUGAUUCCAGCCCACUCUUUCCCUCUCCCACUAGCUGGUCCAAAGUGCACAGACACUUGAAGCAUCUCUCUUAGAUUUGUGAGGAGGCUCACCAUUGCCUGUUUGUAUGAAGAACCUCCCCAGGCACCACUGCCUUUCUGUUGGCCCAGCCAUAAAGGAAAUAUCUCGCUUUGCUCUAGUCCCAGAACUUGGGUAUGGCGUGUCAGCUGCGCUGUCUUCCCCCAAUCCCCUGCAUUGAUCUCCAUAAUGUUCUUGGAUAUUUCCGUUAGCUUUCUAGUCAAUAUAGCACAUCUGCAGCGAAGGUUCCGACACCGCUCUGAUUAGCGGGCAGGAUAUUUCUCCAUGACAGAAGAGCUGCCUUGUCUAGGACUCCUUGGAGAACAAGUGAGCCUCACUUCUUUCUGCAUCUACCAGAUGUGCGGUUGCAGUUGGAGGUGCCCUCCGUCCGCAGAGGGCUUGGAGCGGGGCCUGGUUUCUUUGGUGCCCCCAGUGACACGGAAUAAACGUCAGGUCUAGCUAGGUCCGUGGGAAAUUGAGACUUGCCGGUCUGAGAGUUGCAGUGGUGCAAUUUGGCAGGGCAGUGCAGUGUUGUACUGGAGGGAAACUUCUUUAAUUUCCUUUCUGGAAAGCGUGAACAAGGCCCAAGUGGAGCUGAAGGCAGCAGAUGGCGAGACACUCUCUGAAAUGUCACGGCGCGCCUACUGGCACUUCUGCCGCUGUGUUGCGAGUGCUUGCCGUUGCCAUCUCAUCCGUGUCCGGCUCUGCCUUGUCUCCACUAACGAGCAUCCUUCCAGGUCCUUGUAGCUGCCUCUGCAGCUUCCUAGCGAUGCCAGAUCUUGAGCAGAUGCAACAUCAGUUUAUCCCGGACUUCAUUCUGGCUCUUCUGCCCUUCUCGCAGUUCCUUGCAAGGUGGUCUGCCAAGCAGAAUCCGAAAGGAGGGUAGCAGGCCUCUGGCAGCGGAGUUGAUGGGGUUUGUGGGUUAAUUGAGUGUGCAGGAAGGGGCUUAUGCAGCCAGAAUGCUACUGCAUCUGCAACCCAGUCCGUUUGUUGCUGGCGUGGCAUCGUUUCGACUUUUGUGCCUGAAUCUUACACUGCGGGCCACUCUGGAUAUUGGAAUGGUGCGCUUGGGAAGCUUGUUAGGGUUGCCAGAGGUGUGUGGACGUGAAAACAUGCACGCGGCCCAGCCAUCUUGCAUGCGAUUCCGCCCUCCUGCAUAUUAACUGUUGCAAUGUGGGAAUCCAGCCAGGAAUGUGGUCGUUUCACUGGCAACUUGCCAAAUGCAUCUUGGUUCAGAAAGUCGUAGGAGGUCACGCUCUGCUUUGUGGCCAAACAGACUUUCCACGCGUGGGUUGACGCCCCCCGCCCCCGCCUAUUUAGCUCUUCUUCUUCUUUCCAAUGCCUGAUCCUGUGCUAUCGUGCUAGCAUUAGUCUGAAAGUCAGGCCUGGUUUACAUGUGCAGCGGAACAGCGUUGUAGAAUGCACUCCACUGCUUGGGACUGCUCCCUGCUGUGCUCCUUUUCUAUUUGCAGAAAGUGGGCUUGUCUAGAACUCUCAUCCCUGGAGUGUUGGGUUUCUACUUGCAGGGGGUUGGUACAUGGGGAAGCAAAGCGGCAUCUUCCCCUCCACCUGCAGCUUGAAGUGGUGCCAUUCAUUCUGCCCCACCCCUCUUCUGCUGCAUGUCACAAGCAGGCCUUGAUUCUGUGUAGUCCCCUCAGGAAUGCUACUAUGUACCUGAUGUGGCGGCGGCGGCAUCUGUGUUUGAAAUUGCACGUCCCCCGUGUAGACUGCCCACAUGGCCGCUCCUGUUGGCUGGCGGAUUCUCUGUUGGUCUGCAUGGCUAGGAUGGCAUCACAACUAGGUAGGCAAGGAUGCUUGUGUAGCUCUAGUGUGUUGCUUGUUGGUCCUGCCACGAAGCCCGAUCAUGUGGCUGCUUAUGAAAGAGGAUGAAAUCUCUAGAGCAGCACUCUGCAUGACCUAGAACCGGCCAUGUGAGGAGAAACCAGUUGUGCCUGGUUCCAGUGGUUGAUCUGUCCCAGCAGUGUCUUGGUCCCUUAGAGAUAGGGGCUGCUCAGAGAUCCACCACCACAAGAUCUCUGUGGUGAUAGGUAAUUGGUGGCUGCCUUGGUGAAGUGGGCAAGAAUCUAAUGUGGUUUGGGUUAGAUGGAAAGCUGAGCUGCUUGCCAAGGGUGUGGUUCCCUCACCCAGCCAGACCGGGGCCAUUGCUUUCUGCCUUGCAGGCUGUUCCUGAGGAGUGUUAGACGCCUUCUCACAAGAGCGGCUUCUCUUUGCAACACAACUCCCUUUCCCGGGAACCCUGGGAGAUUCUUUUGCUGCUCCGGCUAUUUCUGCCUGGCUUCUCUGGAGUCGGUUAAUUCAAGUUUCUGUCCUUGGCUUAGCAUUUCCAAGAAAAUGGGGGAGCCUCAGUCCUAGCCAAAAUCCUGUCUCCCCCACACCUCUAUCCCGGAAGGAGGCUGAGAUGCAAGCAGAUCUGAAAUGAGAAGCUAUGGCUUCUGGAUUGAGGCAAGUUUUUUUUUAGAUCUAAGAAAAGAUUAAGUUACCUUGUUUGGAAACAAAAGUGACCCAGAUUGAGUCCAGUUAUUGAGCUGGGGCCAUCUUGGGGUGAAAGGAGGGCCUGCAGAACUGCUGUAAGAUUGGCAAGAAUAUACUGGAAGAAACUGGAAAGAGCUCAAAGCUCAGAGGCUUAUUAGAUGCAAGACAGUUCUGUGAACUGAACUGGUAAAGGGCAGCCCAAAGAGGUGCCUUGAGAAUGGGAGUGAAAUGGCUGCUUGUUCCACAUGUUGUCCAAACCAGAAAGGGUAAGAGAUGGGAUUGCUGUCCUACCAAAGGAUGAGAACUUAAGUAGUCACCUCACCGUCAUCUUCCUUUUUGUAUUCACCAUGCAGCCACUUGGGUCUGCAGUAGGUCUUGUGUGUUACAAACCCCAAAUUGACACCAAGGAUAGGUUUUCUCUUUCUGAAGGUCCACCUCUUUCCACUACCAGUCCUCCCGCAAAUAUGCUUCCCAUUCCCAGCUUUCCUUGUUGUACCGAGACCUUUGAGCAACCAAAGAUGCCCCAAAGACAAGACCUCUCAAAGUGCAGGACAGCUCUUGAUUGACUGAUUGGGGUUUUGCCCCCUCCUUCACAAACGCUAAGUGUUUCCCAAUGCAAUAAAACGUUGAGAGAGCCAGCAGUAUUGUGGGAGAAGGCAUCAACUUUGAUUUCUGCAGAUUUAAAGCCUGUGCCCACCUAGUGUAUGCGAGAGUUUUCUGGAGUGUUCCCGGUGUGUCUUGGUUGUCCCGACUGCCUUUUCUUUUCUUGCGGCCCUUUAAAAAGCAAAGACCCUAACGUGCAACCCCUCAUCCUGGUUUCUUCUUGGUGAUGGGCCUUUCUGCCUGAGGUCACUUCUUUGCUCUCCUACCAGGGUUCCAUAUUUUUCUUCACUCUGGCAACAAGCCUUAGGCCUUCCUCCCAGUCUUGGAUUCAUGGGAUCAUUCCUGCAGUUGUGCAGCAGUCCCAAACUCAUACCCACCUCCAGGGACUGGAGGUGGUUGGCCGCUGUGUGGCAGAGGUGCUUGGAGCACCUUGGUGAUGCAGGGCCAAAUUUGGAGCUAGAUAGGGGAGUGGAAUGUAGUCCCUGCUCUUGCCCGGAGGAGCAACCUGAGGCUAGGGACCAGGGAAGGAGCAACAGGCCCCUUGGCAGCCAAGAUGUGGACCCCUGCCUCCGACCACCUUCAUUGUAAUUGAAUAGGCAGGAGCGAAGGGAGAGGAGCGGCCGUGGCACUGAAGGUCAAAAGGGAAAGGCAUCCAGUGCCACUAGUGCUAGAGACACACUCACGAGAGAGCUGGACUCUGUGUGAACUUGUUCCUCUGUGUUAAGAAUCACUAACUGUUGCUAAAUUAUUGUUGGGAUCCUUUUCUUAAACACUAACACAACUUGUAUGUUUAGUUCUGAACUAUUUAUUUUUGGCUUUGCCCACUGAGAUGUUCUCCUGCGCAAUGGACACAAGGGCAUGGCGGUGGUUGGUGAUGUUACAGGCACCAGCCAACAGAUGCUCUCCACAGCAACUCUCUUUCAUUUCAAUGAAGACUUCACAGGAGAACAUCACACUAGACAGGGCCCUUAAGCAUUAUCUCUUUCAUAUUUCUUUUCUCUCUCCCUGGCCCCCCCAAUGUAUCUGUAACAGUUUUUUUCUUAACACCUCUGUGUGAUGAUGUAAAGUGAAAAGAAUGGUUUCUGUUUAAAUCUUUUUCAUAUGGAGGGGUAUAGCCCUUUCCUCAUUUUUAAAACCCCCACUAUGUGUAGAAUACAGGUCUCUCUAGGACAAGUGCAAUAGAAAAAUCUGCUGUUACAAACUUCUAAUGUAUGCAGAGAUGUCUGAGUAGGUCACAGGGUGGUGGGACAGAAUUGCUCCUUAAGCUAUAUAAUGAGAUUUUAAAAGGAAAGUUUCAGCAGCAGUGAUUUAUCUGUUUAUAGUAGCUCACUCUUUCCGUUUCUCCCCCUUUGGGGAAAGAUGUGUGUGUUUUAUACACACAUGUCUGCAUUGUGUAAGUUGCCCCCAGUGCAGUAUGAAAGGAAACACACCCUGCUUAAACAUGCCACAGGGAUCAGAACUGCUGAAAACAGGGCAUCUGUUCCCCUAAUUAAGGACAUGUCUGCACUUACAAAUGUUAAGCCAUUUUCAAGUCUGUUUUGGCUGUCAUGGCUAUAGGUCAGUGAACCCUGGAAAAUGUAUGUAGCUUUAAGAAGUGGAGAGACUCCUCUAACAGAAUGUGCACACCUUCCUAGCAUUCUUCUGGGGAGCAGUUUUGCUUGAGGGGAGUAAUGACUGCUUAAACCAGUUUCAGUUCAGUCUACAAUGUGUAAUGUAAACAGGUGAACAUGCCCACAAAUAGCAAGGAGAUGCUGGCGUGCUCAUUUGACACAUCUUUCUGUGCUUCCCCUUAGUCUGAAAACCAGCUCAGUGCAUCUCUUGGUGUCCCCAGGAGAAUGUUGUUGGGGGUGGGCCGAGCGCAUCCUGAAUCGGCCUACAACAAAUGCCAGCUUUCAAACGGAGAUAGCUUCUCCCCUAGCAACAUUGGUCGAGGCCAGCUUUGAAUGGAAGUUGCGGAACAGUUCAGAACAAGACGGUUCCUUUCCUUGAACUCUCUGCUGUCUGGUCUGAAUACCUGGCCUCUUUAUCCUUCACCUUCAUGCCCCACACCUGCAGAUGGACAGACCACACCUGAAUGUUUGAUCCAUAACCUGUAGCAUAAUCUUAUAAUCUGCCAGGGAAUGGUCUGCUUAGAAAUGGUCACUACUUCUGUAUGGUACUUCUAAACCAUUGCCUUCCCUUCAGGCAUGCCGUGACAGAAUAAGCAACUGACUGGAUAAAAUAAUAACCUGGGCGUGUGGUCCCAGUUUCUUGUAUAACCCCCACAUUCUGUUUCCUGCUGUGAUUCCUCCCUAGUAAACGAAGGUUUCCACAUACCACUCUAUUCGGUAAAGUGUUGUUUUUUUUAAGUGUAAAUUCUUUUUCAUUCCCAUCUGCUAACUGUUACAUACUGUCAACCUACAACUGUAAUCUGUGUCAUGGUGUCUCCAAUGGUAUAUUUAAGGCUCUAGGCUUUUUCCAGAUGAAACAUGGAUAAUAUUUAUUUACUGAAAAUAUUCAAUAUUUUUUGUUGGGGGAAGAAGGCUGGUGGGGGGUGGGGAUUGUUUAAAAAAAAAUGUAAAGACAGCUUUGUAAAAAUAAUUCUUACGUCCCUUUGAAACCUCUACUGGCUUCUCUUUUCCUGUUAGUGAUGGUGUCUUCACGUGAGCAAGACCCGCGUGGUGGUUUUUGCGUAAGGGUGUAUUAUUAAUCUGCCGUCACUUAACACUCUCAUCUUCCUGAAAUCAUCUGUCUCUCUGUACAUUUUGGUUCUUGCAUGUGAAAUACUCCAAAUAAAAAAGACCAUUCGUGCAAACUGUACAGUGCAAACAA